CCUUUCUUUCUCUCUCUUCAUCUCUAAACUCAAACCAAAAUCCUACUCUCUCUGCUCUGUCCCCUCUUCUUCCUCAUCCAGACGACAACGGCUCAAUUGGUACGGGGGUUCUCUCAAUCUCACCAGAAGAAACAGCAGCAAGUUCAAGGAGAGCAAGGAGAGCAAAGAUAGACGCAAAAAAGCAGUAAUGGAUGAAACCAAGUCUUCUUCUUCUUUUGGGUUUAACAAAAGAAGAGCGGAGGGGGAAGACGAGAACGACAGGCCUAAUAAGAAUUUCCAGUUGAAAACGCGCACGCUUAAUCCUACCAAUACAAUUGCAUAUGUACGGAUGUUUUUCAUUUUUGCUUUAAUCCUCUGUUGUUUUUCUCGUGUUUGCUAAGCUUAUGGGUUUUGUUAGAAUUCGCUUGUUUUGAUUCUGAUAUAUUUUCAGAACCAUGGUGGUUUGCAAUGCCAGAACAAUGCUAGUUUGUUCAUUCGCUAUGGGGUUCAAUAUGUUCUUCUUUGUCAAGGACAUGUUUUAAUUGGAAAUCUUCUAGAAUUGGUACAUAAUUUAGAUUACAAAUAAUAGAUUUUCAUUAAUUCUGGCUGAUACUGGGGACUGAAUGGAUACGCGAGAUACCUCACCUUCAGUUUUGCUCUUCUUCGACAAGCAGAGAUUUAUUUUCAAUGCAGGAAAGGGAUUGCAAAGAUUUUGCACAGAGCAUAAGAUCAAAUUAUCUAAGGUGUGCAGUGCCAUGUGUUUUUGAGUUUUUAAUUUAGAACUUCCUAGUUUGUCUAAUGUGGAUAUUUCUUCAGAUAGAUUACAUAUUUCUCUCUCGUGUUUGUUCAUAGACAGCGGGUGGACCUCCAGGUUUUUAUUCUGAAUCUUGAUAUUUGACAUUUCUAUUAAUAUUAUUUCUAAGCAUUAGAGUCUAUGCUGCUAUUAAUUAGUACUUGAUAUGUGAAGAAGAUACCCUUGUUUCAUCAUUUUUCACUGUACAUAACAGGUUUAGUUCUGACUUUGGCAGGCAUGGGAGAAGAAGGGAUGUCUGUGAGUAUAAGCUGAAGCAUAAGUCUCUCUUUUUUUACUAUUUCUUAAAAGAUAUUAGCAAUAGGGUCACAUUAAGUAAAUUUCAUCCUGUGUUUUAUUGAAGGCUAAUAUUUGGGCUCCCUCAGAUCUUACAUAUUUAGUUCAUGCAAUGAAGUCUUUUAUCCCACAUGCUGCGAUGAUUCAUACUCAAAGCUUUGGUCCAACUUAUGCUGCUGCCCUGCCUGAUCCAAGUAAAUUUGCAGACCCACUUGUUCUUGUCAAUGAUGAGUUCGUUAAAAAAUCAGCUGUUUUCCUUUGUCCAAAUCACUCAGAAGAAGGGUUGCCAGUAAGGCCAGGAGAAAUGUCUGUCAUUUAUAUUUCUGAACUGCCAGAGCUUACGGGGAAAUUUGACCCAAAAAAGGCUGUUGCUCUUGGGCUGAAGCCUGGGCCGAAGUAGCGGCAGUUUUAAAGGGGAAUUCAGUCAAAUCAGACAACCUUGAUAUCAUGGUUCAUCCAAGUGACGUUAUGGAUCCUCCAAUUCCUGUUCCCAUUUUCUUCCUGGUCGACUGUCCCAUGGAAUCUCAUGUAGAGGAAUUGUUGUCCAUAGAAUCUCAGGGAAAAUUGUACUGAUUUGUCUGGAAGCGAAACAAAAAGUGCCCAGUCUGUGAAUUGUGUGUCAUUCAUCUAAGUCCUGUUUCUGUUGUAAACAGUCUCAAUUACCAGAAAUGGAUGAAGAAGUUUGGUUUGGCUCAACAUGUUGUUGCUGGACAUGAAAUGAAGAAUGUGGAGAUCCCAAUUCUAAAAGCCAGUGCAAGAAUUGCAGCCCCACUUAAUUAUAUGUGUCCACAAUUCUUUCCAGCUCCAGGUUUCUGGUCGCUUAACAAGCUCAAUUACUCAAUACCAGAUGCUAAUGCUGCUAGCAAGGUUCAUUCCGACUUCAUUGAAAGAUAUGUGCAGAUCAUUCGUAAUUAAUGAGGUUUGUCGAUGUUCAGCUUAAGCCACUUCUUUUUUAUCAUUUGUGUCCUUUUCUUUACUGAUUGUGGUUCUAUCAUUCCAAUAUCAAUAAAUAAAACAACCUUGGUCAACUUUAGGUGACGCCAGUCUUUGAAUUAGAAGAAAUUUGCGAGCUUUUGCGAUCUUCGCAUAUUACUAUUGUGACAGAGGUCUUAGAGUUUAUUUUGAAACUGCCUGAGUAUAAAAGCCUCGUCGUCAGGUAGAAGAUAUUCCAUUCAAGUUGCUUCAUAUCUCUAUCAUUUUUGAUUUUGGGAAAUUUUAAAGGAGUUUGGUUGUUGAUUUCCUGUUCACAUUGACUAUGAAUGCUGUGGUUGAAAUUAAAAAUUUAAUAACCAA